UCAUUUUCGACCGUCAAAAGUUUAGUAAAGCGCCGGCGCCAGAAUCGAUCGGAUGAUUCACGUGAAUAGAACCUUAGACAAGCACCGCACCAGGGUUUCUUUCCUGUGAUGAUUCAGAGAUUCUUGUGUUUCCAAACCACAUGGACCCAUUAGCACGGCGCGCGCGAACGCGUAUGCCAGUGCAUAAACGUACUUUUAUAAUUGACUGAAGAGUUAGUGUAUUGAGUGUAUAAUGGAGUUAAAGUUGUAUUAUUUGGUGUUCACAUUUUAUUGGAAGAUGUCGUCAGCAAUGCAAUGUUACGUAUGUGCUCCUGAAGAAACCUAUGAAGGAAUCAAGUUAUGCGAGAAUUUCGACUAUGGUGAUCAGUUCCUACGUGAAUGUGAACAUUCUAACAUGUGCUUUAAACGAGAGACCUCAUUAGACUUAGGAAACGGAAUGCCAACCAGAUCCGUAACAAGGGGUUGUGCUGCACAAACUCUGAGUGGCGAUCAGGAGAAAGUCAACGGAAAAUGGAGACCUAGGGACACUAUAUACGACGUCUAUGCAGAAGGUUGUGCCGAAGACCCGAAUAACAUUGACAGACCAACGAAGACUGUUAACUGUUACUGUCGCGGGAACCUAUGUAAUAACUCGUUUAGGAAUCAAAUAGGAUUUAUUAUUUUACUACCAAUUUUUUCCUUAAUAAGCUAGUCUUAAUUAGUCAUAUAGCUUUCUUCAAAGCUUCUUGUAUUGACCUUAAAGUUUUUAUGUCACAUAAAUUUAUGAAUGGUUAACGCACAAUUUCAUACAUAGUAAAUCGAACCGAAUGUAAAAUAAUCAAUACAUCUUAUUAAAAUUCGAUUAUCUGUUUUACCUUGUCGUCGAAAAAUAACUAGUCAUAACAGAUAGAAAACUUAAUAUAUACUGCCAUAACGAUAUCAACAUUACGCUUAUUAAAUGUGUAGUAGAAAUAUAAGGAUUUUACUCUGAUUGUAAAAAUCAUUCCAACUUAUACUAUAAUAAUUUUAUAAUCUCGGUUUUAAUAUUUUUGUAUAUAUUACGUAUAUUAUAGAAUAUAAAAAAAUAUUUUUGUAUGGUA